AUGUCAGAAGAAGAGUACAUCUUGUGUAUUAGAUCAUCUUUAAAGUCCCCAAAGGUGUUUCUUAAACGAAAGCCGUCUGAGGUACGAAUCAAUCCGUACAUGACAUCCUUACUACAGGCUUGGAAUGCUAAUCAUGAUCUACAAUUUGUACUUGAUCCUUAUGCUUGUGCUGUGUACAUUGUGGCUUAUAUCAGCAAAUCCCAAAGAGGAAUGAGUAUACUUCUUGAUGAAGCUUGUAAAGAAGCACGAAAAGGAAAUAUGGAUAUCAAGCGUCAAGUAAGACAUAUGGGCAACAAAUUUUUAAACAGUGUUGAAGUUAGUGCACAAGAAGCAGCAUAUCUUACACUCCAACUUCCACUCACCAAAUCAUCUAGAGAUGUUGUUUUUAUCAACACAUCAGAGGCAAGUGAAAGGACAUUUCUUCUCAAGCAAAAAGAUGUAUUGGAAGAACUUUCACCACAAUCUACUGACAUUGAAUCAGAUAACGUUGUGAAACGUUACUCAAAACGACCAAAACAGCUUCAAACAAUGUGUUUGGCAGAUUAUGUCUCGGAACUUGACAUCACAUACCCGAUAAAGAAAAAAGACCAAAAAGAGGAAAACAAUGAUGAUGACAUAAUUAUGUCUGAUUCUGAUACUGAGGAUGAAACUAUAACUAUUUCAGAAAACUGGACAACAUUAAACAUGCCAAAUGGGAUUGUGUUUAAACGUAGAACAAAUAGAAAAAUAAUUCGUUAUGUGCGAUACAAUGCCAAAACUGACCCAGAAAAUCACUACAGAGAAAAACUUCUAUUAUUCCUGCCAUGGAGAAAAGAGGAUACCGACUUACUUGGGGGAUUUAGUACAUUCCAAGAACAUUAUGAGCAUGUUAGACACAUUGUUGACACCAAACUUAUUGAAUAUGAACAUCAUGCAGAUGAACUUGAUAUUGCCCUACAAACAGCAACUGAUGACAUGAGUGAGGAAUUUGACCAAAUAGCACCAUUGACACAGCAUAUUGACGAGGAAGAUGAUCAAGCUGGCUCACGAGAUAGUGAACAAUUUGUGUACUACAAACCACAGAGUGCCUCUCACAAAGAUUAUGAUAUUGGAAUUGAUAUCGGUGUAUCACAAACUUUCCCAAAUAUAGACCAUACACCUAACAUAUUACCAAACACAGAGUACCUGGAACUCGUACGGAAACUAAAUAUAAAACAAAAGGAAUUUUUCUUGCAUGUGUUGCACUGGAUCAAAACAAAAGAUUGCCCAUUGUAUGCAUUCUUAACAGGUGGUGCUGGUGUAGGAAAAUCUGUUGUUAUCAAAACAUUAUACCAAGCAUUGAAAAGACAUCUGUGUGCUAGAGAAGGUGACAAUCCAGAAAACUGCAAAGUUCUCUUAUGUGCACCAACAGGAAAAGCUGCUCAUAACAUCAAUGGUACAACAAUACACACUGCAUUUAAAAUCCUUCCAAACCGCGGUUAUCAGAGCUACCAUGUUGAUUCCGACACACUGAAUUCACUCAGGGUCAAAUACAGAGAUUUGUCUAUUGUCAUCAUAGAUGAAGUUUCAAUGGUUGGAAACAAAAUGUUUUCACUGAUUAAUGAAUGUUUGCAGAGAAUCAAGGGUAAUCAAAAACAGUUGUUUGGAGGAGUUAGUGUCAUUCUUAUUGGUGACCUUUAUCAGUUGAAACCUGUGAUGGACCACUGGAUAUUUCAAGAUCUACAAGAACAAUUAGGUCCACUUGCAACAAACAUAUGGAAAGCAUUAUUUACAGUACAUGAACUGAAUGAAAUCAUGCGUCAGAAAGAUGACAGAGACUUUGCUGAACUUCUGAACAGACUGCGUUGUAUGGUAAAUGGCAAGCUAUCUGAAUCUGAUCUUUCCACUUUGAUGUCACGAGUUGUCAAACCAACAGAUGUAAAUUAUCCAAAAGAGGCCCCACAUCUGUUCACAACAAACAAACAAGUAGACAAUUUCAAUAAUAAUAUAUUUGAACAAACAGAAAACACCAAAGUCAGAAUACCAUCACUUGAUACAGCUGUUGGUGACAUUCCUACAAAUGUAAAAGAGAGGCUUGUAAGAGCACUUCCAAAUGAAAUCAGCAAGACAGGAGGAUUACUCAAUGUUGCUCCCAUUGCUGUUAGUAUGGCGUAUGAAAUCACUGUCAAUUUAAACAUUGAAGAUGGGCUUGUCAAUGGUGCAUGCUGUCAUGUAAAAUACAUAGAAUACAAGCAAUCAAACACAGACAGACCCAGUAUUGUAUGGGUACAGUUUGAGGAUGAUACAACUGGAACUGAGGCUAGAUCAACAUAUAAACAUUUACGUUCACACCACAUUUUGCCUACCUGGACUCCCAUAUUUGAUACACAGCGCACAUUUUUGUACAACAGAAAAUCCUUCAUCAGGAUACAGUUUCCACUCCGACCAGCAGCAGCUAAAACCAUACAUAAAUCACAAGGAUGCACUUUAAACAAAGUUGUAGUGGACAUGACUUCCACUAGAAAACAGCCACAUAUGCACUAUGUAGCAAUGAGUCGUGUAAGAAAUCUGUCAGACUUACACAUUAUAAAUCUCAAUGAACAAAAAAUUUCAGUUGACACUGCAGUUAAAGAUGAAAUACUGCGGAUGUACACGGAGGCUCCAUUACAGUUGUGCUACAUACCACCUUACACUCUCUCCUCUAACAAACUCAAAGUUUCUUUCCUCAAUGUAAGAUCUUUACCAUUACAUAUCAAAGAUAUCAGACAUGAUUUCAAUAUCAUAGCAGCUGAUGUGUUGGCUUUUGCAGAAACAAAACUGAAAGCAAGUAAUUCAAGUGACAGUUUGAAGCUUGAAGGUUUUUGUAUUGAGAGAAAUGACCAACAAAACACUCAGACUCCACAUCAUGGACAAGCAAUUUAUUUUGGCAAAAACAUUCAAUUUGCAAAAAAAUAUAUCUUCACUUCAUUUGAUUUUGAGUGUAUGAUUGCCAAUGUCAGCAAGGAAAACAAGAAAAUUCAAGUUGCCAUUAUUUACAAAUCACCAAAACGCUCAUAUUUAAAUCUAAAAGCACAAAUUCGACACCAUAUAAAAUCUGUGAUAAACACCAAUGAUCCUUUUGUGAUUUUAGGGGAUUUUAAUGUUGAUACCUCAGAAAACGAAACAUUUUUGCACUGGAUUGAGUCAGAAUUCAAUUGCAGACAGGUUGUAUCAUGUGUCACAACUGACUUUGGUUCUAAACUUGACCUAAUCUUUACCAAUGAACAAAAUUGUAUAUCAAGCACUGUAGAAUGUUGCUGGUCAGAUCACAAACUUGUUUAUUCUGCUUUUUAA